AUGCGGACUCUUCAUUUUGAUAAUGUAAUUUCUAAUGAAGAAGUUGGUGGGAAAAUAUGGGUCUUGUGGAUGAAUGAUUUAAAUGUACAGAUUAUGCGGAUGACCUCACAGUUUUUGUCUCUAAGGAUAGUUGAGGGUCAAUUUAAAUUUUUGGGUAAUUUUAUUUAUGCAAAGUGUAAUAUGAUGGAUAGACGGGUUCUAUGGGAGGACUUGAGGUGGAAUAGUAUGAAUGAGGAUCCUUGUUUGUUUGCUGGUGAUUUUAAUAUUAUCCAUACGAAUUUGGAAAGACGGGGUGGUUAUCCUAGGCCAAUAGCGGCGAUGGAUGAUCUUAACCAAUGGAUCCAUGAGGGUGGUUUAAUUGAUUUAAGUGCACAAGGUAGUAAUUUUUCUUGGUGUAAUGGCCAGAGUGGUUUAGCUAGAGCUUGGGCUAAGCUGGAUCGUAUAUUAUUGGAUGCAAAUUUACUGUCUUUGUUCCCUACGGCCUCUUGUUCAUACUUACCAAGGACGACUUCGGAUCAUUGCCCUAUGCUGGUGUGGUCUGUGCCGGUGGUUGGAACGGGGCUUGUCAUUCUUGCUUGUAAGCUUAAAAAGGUAAAAGUGGCUCUUCGUGAAUGGAAUAAGCGAGUGUUUGGGAGGACUAAUGCUCAUAUUGAAUCUUUGGAAGCAAAGGUUGAGGGUCUGGAAGGGUGUUUGUAA